AUGAUCUCCUGUAUACUGAUUUCACUACUAGCACUCAUCAAGAUAUCUUAUACACCACAACGUAAUGAUCUAGAAGGUUACUCACCAUUCGAAGCACGUUCACGCAUUGAAUACGACAAGUAUUUAAACUUCUUCUCGGGACGUGGCUUAGCAAUAUCCACGUAUCUGUAUAUCACCGCCAAAGACGGUAAUUCUAUGCUUCGACAAAGUCAUCUCAACGAUACCAUAAAGGUGCUACAUUUAGCUGCUAACAAUAUCACACUGUACGAUCCAAUUACUCGUAACAAUCAAUCCUUCAAUCAAUUCUGCAGAGAGUUUUGCAAUAUAAACGAACCCGUAUUACAGUUUUAUAAUGCAUAUAUGGUACAGAAAUGGAAUGUUGACAACGGUGAUCGUCCAAAUCCAUAUCUACGACUUCGUUAUCCUAUUAGUACCUUGUUUGGCCGUGAAAUAAGUAUUCAGCCCUACUUUUUUGGUGUAGAACUAUACAACGGAAAUGAAACAAAAGAGGAUAUCGAUGAAGAAAGGGAAGGAGUGCAUCAACUUUUUGGAAAUGAUACAAAUAUUGAUCUAUUAGUAGCCUGGAAUGAAACACAUCCAGCAGUAACAAAUAUGAAAUCAGUUAAGAUGAUUUCACUUCAACUUCGUGCCCUGCAGAAUCCUCAAUGGAGUAAAGAUGAUAUGAAACAAUGGGAAAUGAAUGUCGUCCAUUUCUUCGAGAAUUAUCAAUCAGAACAUUUGACAAUUUAUGUCGCUUCCACCACUUAUAUUGAAGAAGAAAUGGUUCGUGCCGGAAUAUCACUACUACCGUAUCUAACUGCAGGCUUUAUUAUCAUGUGUACCUGCUCUGUAAUUACAGUAAUGGUUCGAGCUGCUUAUAUGCAUCAAAAUAAUGUAUUCAAGGUUUUUCUGGCGGUAAUGGCUUGCGCCACACCAUUACUAGCAUGUUCUACAGCGUUAGCAAUACUCUUUUUGUGUGGUAUGAGAUUCUCCUCAAUACUUUGCGUCAUACCUUUUCUGGUCCUAUCUAUUGGUAUUGAUAGUUCGUACUUAAUGAUCCAUGAAUGGCAGCGAGUAACAAAGGAGAUACGGGAUGGUGAGAAAAAGAGUGGAACUGUUGGACAUCGAAUGUCUGAGGUACUCAGUGAAGUUGGCCCCGCUAUAUUAAUCUCCGCAAUAACUAAUAUAUUGGCUGAUGCUGUUGGUUGUUUUACAUCUUCUCCUGAAAUUCGUCUACUAUGCAUUGGAAAUUUAUUCUCCAUGUUUAUGGCGUAUUUGUAUCAGAUGUUAUUUUAUUCCGGUCUGAUGUCCGUUGUUGGAAAAUUCGAGAUUGCAGCAGAGAAAAAUGAAGAUAAUAUCACAAAUAUUACAAUACAGAAAACUCAACGUAAAAAUUCGAGAUUUCAUGAUAAAUCAAAGCUGUACAUCAGUAAAUACAUGCGAGUAUAUGUGAAUAUCAUUGCUCAUGCUUCGAUAGCUACUCUAAUCAUUGUUCUAUAUAUUACUUACAUUAUCAUAUCAGUAUGGGGGAUAACACGGAUGAAUAUCAGUUUAACGCCUCAGAAACUAUUUGCAGCAGAUUCACCACUGAUAAAGCUCGAUAAGUUACGCGUAAAAUAUCAGAUACCGUUCUUUACGAUGGCAUCGGUAUUUGUGGAGACACCAGGAGAUUUGUCUCAGAAACUGCCCCUUCUUCUGAUGAAUAAUAUGGUUCAGGAUUUUGAGAACCUUGACGGUAGCUGGGGACCUACUGGUACCAUGUAUUUCGUGCGCGAUUUUGCUUUAUUCCAGAGUUUUUUGCAAUCAGAACAUGAUUAUGAUUUUGACUCUUUGGAUGAUGUUAGCACCACAACAAUAAAUCCGGAAGAUGCUCUCAAAUUCAAUAAUGAUGAUUUAGCAAAUUUUUUGACAUGGCCAGAAUAUGACUUUUGGUCUGGCUUCGUCCAGUUGCAAAAUUUAAGCACCGAUGGAAAGAAAAAAAAAUUGAAAAGAUUCUUUUUCACCACAGCCUAUCAUGAUGAAAAUUUGAAAGUAUGGACGACACGAGGGAAAUUACUUAAACGAUGGCGUGCUAUCGUAGACAAAGCUAUGUACGAAUCAUUCCAUGCUUCCGUAUUCCAUGAAGACGCCAUCUUUCUGGAUCUGAUCGAUAAUAUGCCGACGGAUACGUGGCAAUCGAUAGCUGGUACACUGAUUUGUAUGGCUGCGGUAUGCUUUUUGUUUCUUCGGAAUAUGCUUACGGUGAUUAUUGCAACUGCCUCUGUCCUCUCUGUGUCUAUUGGUAUCUUAGGCAUACUGUCUUGGUGGAAUGUUGAAUUAGAUCCAAUUUCAAUGGCUGCGAUGAUAAUAUCCACUGGCUUUAGUGUUGAUAUUCCAGCACAUGUUGCUUAUCAUUACUGCAAAGCCAACGAGCAAUCGACACCCCAAGCUAAACUUGGCAACUGUCUUACCUCGGUAGGAUUUCCAGCUGUGCAGGCAGCAUUAUCUACUAUACUGUGUGUUUACAGCUUAUGGUUUGCUGGAAUUUAUAUGUCGCAGGUCUUUGUGAAAACAAUGGUUACUUCUGUUAUAUUAUGCAAUUUGCACGGUCUUGUGGUUCUGCCAGCUAUAUUGUCAAUAGUUCAUCGGGUUAGAGGUCGAUUUGACCAGAAUAAAACCUAUAGUACGCCAGCUGAGCGUGCUGUGAAUAAGCGAUUGAAACAAAUCAGGAAGCGAAUGGCUAAGACAGCAGAAAUGCAAGGAAUCAAUGGACACCAACCAGACUUAAAAAUGGAUCGACCGCCAAUUCCUGAAUUCAGUAUCAUACCUUAG